AUGUCGGCGUCGGGAACGCCGCCGCGGCGCAUCGUGGUUGCGAUCGACGACUCGACGGGCAGCACCGAGGCGCUCCAAUGGGCACUCGAUAACAUGCAGCUGCAACCCGGUUCGUGCCAGGGGGGUGGGUGUCAGGCGGGUGGGUGUCAGGCGAAUGGGUGUUGGGCGAAUGUUGGUCAGGGGAACGCAGUUCAGGGGAAUGGGGGUCAGGGGAAUGUGGGGUUCAAACGCGUGGGCGUCAGAUGCUGUCAUUCCGUUCUUUCUACAAUUCUCAAAACUCGCUCGCAAUUUUCCUCCUCUGCUGCUGCUGCCCGCCCUCCCCCUUGUGCAGGUCGCGACACCAUCGUUCUCGUCAACACCCAAUCCUACUCAGCAGCCCCUACUUCCCGGCCAGGCUUCCACGUGUCCCAGGGGGAGAUCCAGGCGGACACGCAGAGGAAGAAGGACGUCGGGUACAAGCUGCUGGAGAAGUACAAGGCGCAGUGCGAGGCGCGGCAGCUGCUGUGCGAGACGCGUGUCAUGAUCGGCGAUGCCAGGCUGUCGAUAUCCGAGGCAGCGGAGCAGGCCAAGGCGGAUGCCGUGGUGGUGGGGAGCCGUGGGCAUGGGGCUCUUAAGAGGCUGGUGCUGGGCAGUGUGAGUGAGUACUGUGCGCACCACUGCCCCAUGCCGGUGGUCAUAGUGCGACCCAACAAGAUAGGCCAGCCCGACCCUGCCGUGCCCAUGGACUGA